CCCGCUGAUUUUAAAGCGUCGCUGAGCGGGAGGCGCCAUCUUACCGCGCUUCAAUGAGAGAGCGGAGUCCGGAGGGAAGAAUCCGUGUUUGAGCUGUGUCCAGCGGGGGCCGGAGAACCUGCAGCACCGGGGCCGCGGCGGGGAGACCGCCGGUGAGAGGUGUAGCUGUCCCUUGGUGUUUGAGUGAGAUCAGGGGCCAUGUUUUACGCCCACUUCGUCCUCAGCAAACGUGGGCCGUUGGCCAAGAUUUGGCUAGCGGCCCACUGGGACAAGAAGCUGACCAAAGCCCAUGUCUUCGAGUGCAACUUGGAGAGCAGUGUGGAGAGCAUCAUUUCACCAAAGGUGAAAAUGGCUUUGCGUACGUCUGGUCAUCUUCUCCUGGGUGUGGUGAGAAUCUACCACAGGAAAGCCAAGUACCUGCUCGCUGACUGUAACGAAGCCUUCAUUAAGAUCAAAAUGGCUUUCCGACCAGGUGUUGUGGAUCUUCCCGAAGACAAUCGGGAGGCUGCCUACAAUGCCAUCACCUUGCCAGAGGAGUUCCAUGACUUUGAUCAGCCCCUUCCAGAUCUUGAUGACAUAGAUGUAGCACAACAGUUCACUCUGAACCAGAGCCGAGUGGAGGAGAUCACCAUGAGAGAAGAAGUGGGCAACCUCAGCAUCAUGGCAGACAAUGACUUUGGUGACUUCGGCAUGGAUGAUCGGGAGAUCAUGAGGGAGGAAAGUGCCUUCGAGGUGGACAUCAUUCACGGGUCAUCUGCCUCCAACCUUUUGCUGGAAGCAGAACCUGGUCCUGCCCACCUUCCUGAUAAGUCAACCAACCUUGACUAUGAUGACUUUGGUGAAAACAACCUGGAGAACAGUGAUGGUGGAAUACUUGUGGACAAACUUUUGAGCAGCGAUGGUGGUGGAGGAAUAUUUGAUGAUCCUCCAGCCAUCACUGACAGCGUUAUGAUGCCCCCAGACCACGGAGAUGAUGACGACGACUUUGAUAACUUUUCCCCAGCCGGUGCUCCAGACAGUCCUGAUUCUGGCCCUGUGGAGCCUCUACCCAACACCACAGACCAGACCGAACAGACCACGCUGGUGCCUAAUGAGGAGGAGGCUUUUGCCCUGGAGCCCAUUGACAUCACUGUAAAAGAGACGAAGGCUAAGAGGAAGAGGAAGCUGAUUGUGGACAGCCUGAAGGAACUCGACAGCAAGACCAUCCGCGCUCAGCUGAGCGACUACUCCGAUAUUGUCACCACGCUGGAUCUGGCUCCGCCCACUAAGAAGCUGAUGAUGUGGAAGGAGACUGGAGGAGUGGAGAAGCUCUUCUCUCUGCCUGCACAGCCUCUCUGGAACAGCAGAAUGCUUAAGAUGUUCACACGCUGCCUGACCCCGCUGGUACCAGACGAGCUGAGGAAGAGAAGGAAGGGUGGCGAGGCCGACAGCCUGGAGGAGUUCCUGAAGGAGCUUGAGAAUCCUGAGGUUCCUCGUGAAGAGCAGAUCACACAGAGGAGUGAUGUUAUCGAUCAGACCAUUGUGGAGGAGCCCAGCAUGCUGCAGGUUUCAUCAAUCGAGGGCAGCAGAACGGCUCUGGACGAGACUCUGAUGCCUCCUCCUUCCAGGCAGCGGGGAGUCAAGCGCAAGUCCCAGGAGGCCGAAGCCGCUCUGCCGCCAAUGGGCAUCCUCGAUCAGUCUCUGCAGCCAAUGGAGCAGUCAGUGCUGUCCCAGCAGCUUGAUAUGCCACAGGUGGAUCUGCCACCCGAGGACACCACCAACCUCUCCAGACUCGUCCCUGAGCUGGACCUGCUGGGAGAGAAGAGCAAAGACAAGGACGACAGCGAAGAGGAGGAGGAGGAAGGAGAGGGUCAAGGAGACCAGGACCAAGAAGAGAGAAGAUGGAACAAGAGAACCCAGCAGAUGCUGCAUGGGCUUCAGCGUGUGGUGGCGAAGACCGGAGCCCAGUCCAUCAGCCUGCUGGAGCUGUGCAAGAACAACAACAAGAAACAAGCCGCCGCCAAGUUCUACAGUUUCCUGGUCCUGAAGAAACAGCAAGCCGUGGAGCUGUCCCAGUCUGAGCCCUACAGCGACAUCAUCGCCACGCCGGGACCGCGGUUCCACCUUGUAUAGAUGCAUGUUACUCUCUUUUUAGAAGUUGUAUUUAACACUUUUUACUGUUCAGUUUUUUUUUUUUUUUUUUUUUUUUUUUUUGUACCUAUUUUCAGCUCGUUUCGGACCAAUUUUUAUGCAUUUGAAUCAAGAUCUGUUUGAUCAUGCAGAGAUUGUCCUCUGUAUAGCAGGAAGGUUUGCAUGUUGGUCCCCCUUUUGUACCCCUUGUAAGCUCAGUUGAAUUUUACGAACCUCACUUCUUCGUCCCGCAGACUGUUGUUUUUAUCAUCUUUGGUUUUACCCGAUUAGGUUUUACAGUUGAAAAGCAAGUAGAAUAGAUGUAUACAUUUUUACCUUUUUGAUAAUGUCACAUUUGACAUGAUAUAAAGGUUUAUUUUUGGAAGUUCUGGUGUAUUUGAAUGAUGCAGAAGCUCAACAUUUUGUAUCUCUCUUUUAAUGAUGAUGGUUAUUAAAGGAUUAUUAAAAUGACAGAACCUGGGAAUUCUAUGCACUUAAUUACAACAUGGAUAUCCUUUAAAGCAGGUUUAAUAUUUUCUUAAUUUGCUUUUUUAUUUUCAGCUGGUGUUCCUGGAUUUCAUGAUGGUUUUAAUAGCAUUACGUUUUGUUCAACUCUGUUCCACACCUCAAACUUCCUUUAACACAAUACAAAAUUUAACCUGAAAUGUUAUCAUGUCCUUGCCUCUGUAAUGUUUACAUGAUGGACUCUGUUUUAUAGUAACUUUUAAUUAAACUUUAAGGUCUCCCACUGUA